GUCGCGAGCCGCAGCCGCACUCGCGCGCCGCCGCCCGCCGCACACUCACGAUCGACCGACCGACGCCCGCGCCCGGUGUCGUAUUACCGCUCUAAAUAUAUCUCGCGAGCGCGAUCGCCUAUUUGGAAACGUUUGCGCGCCGUGUUUUGAACCAGUGAUUGAUAGUGCCGAGUGAAGAAUCUAUCCUUAUUGACGCGAUCGUCCGUCGAAAUGGCACAGUUGAUCACUGUGCGGCUGAACAAGUCGGACCAGCAGCCGCUGGGCUUCCGGCUGCAGGGUGGCAAAGACUUCGGCACACCACUCGUUGUGCAAAAGGUUAACGGUGGGAGCGCAGCAGAGCGCGCGGGGCUGCAAGCCGGCGAUGCGCUGAUCCGCGUCAACAACACCGACGUGUACACGCUAAGACAUCAGGAAGCUCAGGACGCUAUCCGAGCUGCUGGCCAAGCACUCGAACUUACCGUACAACGCGGCGGCGGUACCUGGAGGCCAUCAGUUACUCCCACAGGCAGUCUUCCUCGCCCAGGCACUCGUCCACUCGGCGCCAGUCCAGUGCCAGUCACGAAUACAUCACUUAAGGCUACCCCACAGCCUACACGCGCCUUUGGUUCUGGACACAACAGCGUCGCUAAACCGUUCGGUUAUAUGAAUGGCAACGACUCCAUGAAGAGCAUCGUGAAUAAGCAGUACAACACUCCAGUAAACAUGUACAGCGACAAGACCAUCGCCGAGACACUCUCCGCGCAAACCGAGGUGCUGGCUGGAGGAGUGCUUGGGGUUAACUUUAAGAAAAAUGAAAAGACCUACGACGCCGAGAAGAGUGCCGUCUUCAAAGUCCUGCAGGAGGAACAAAACGACCCGGAGCCAGUAGCCGAAGCGUCGCCGGGCGUGCGGCACGUGGCCGCGCCCGCCGCGCCCGCGCCCGCCGGCCCCGCGGGCGCCGCCGCCAGCGGCCCCACCGGCGGCCCCACCGGCGGCCCCACCGGCGGCCUGCCCGUGGGGCAGAACAUCUGCGAGGAGUGCGAGCGCCUCAUCACCGGCGUGUUCGUGCGCAUCAAGGACAAGAACAUGCACGUGGAGUGCUUCAAGUGCUCCACGUGCGGCUCGUCGCUCAAGAACCAGGGCUACUACAACAUCAACGGCAAGCUGUACUGCGACAUCCACGCCAAGCUCGUGGCGCGCCAGAACCCCCCCGCCGCCAACCUGGAGCCCGUCACCGUGCCGCCCGGUGGCCGAGUUCCGAGCAACGCCUACUCGACGCCGCUGCCCCCGCUGGCCACCAGCACCUACACCAACGGCUCGUCGUCCAUGUUCAGCCCGUCCAGCACGCUGUCGGGGCCCAAGCCGUUCGGCUCGUCGGUCGGCUCCGCGUACUCGCCGGCGUCGCUGUCGCCGCGCUCGGCGCCGCUGUCCCCCGCGCGGCCCGCCGGGCCCCCCGCCGGGCCCCCCGCCGGCGCCCCCGGAGCGCCCUACGCCCCCAAGGCCCCAGUUUCCAUUUUUAAAGCUAAAAACGUAAAAAGCAUUGUGUGGCCCCCGUCAAAUCACCCAGAUGACGAAAACGAGAAAGAGAUAAAUCCUAAUUUUGUUCAUAACACACCUUACAGCGAUUCAUCUGCCUCCGCUAGAGAAUCAUUAAUGAUGACAACAAAUAGCAAUAUUAACUUCUCAAACCAAAUGAGGUCAGUCGAGGAAAGUGUAUCCUCAGCCAAACAAACUCCAGGACUUCCUUCAGACAAAACCUUUGGAUCGGCUUUGAUGUCCACUUCGCAAGCCACUUCUAAAUCAGAAUUUUCAGUGCAAAGUCAAAAAUCACAAAUGAUACAAGAGAUUGCAAGUUGUAGUGUUCAAUCGUUUUCCGAAAAAGCCAUAUCUGAAAAACAGAAUUUUGCUAUGUACCAAACGCAAACAGCCUCUGACCAAAUCGACAGUAACAAGCAAAUUACGAAGAAGGAUAUCGAAAAAUUAAUUGAGUCCCAAGAAAAUCAAUUCCUUCCUUUACAGAGUGAAUAUAAUACAUCUAAUGCACAAAAAAUGUCACAGGAAUUUGCGAUGAAACAGGAACAAAUCAAUAAGGGCUAUGAAAUAAAAUCAUUAAAUGUUAAACAAGACGAUAAAAUCGCAGAAGCAAACAUACAACAACAGACAUCCGUUUUCAAUAAUUAUAAUCACCCACCAGUUUUUAUUUCCACUGAAACAGAAAACAAAGAAAGCGGCGUAUCAGCCAAAACCAGCAUUAUGAAGCAGAACCAAAACGCUCCCUUUUUAAAAAAAUGUAACCCAUCUGAAAAUAAACAAAAUCUGUCUGCGCCUCAUACUUAUAAUCCAACUAAUCCAAAAGUUCAAUCCAAAACACCGUCCAAAGAAAACCCUAAAAUGGCAGGUACUACAAAAGUAACAAAUAAGCCUACGAUUGAAAGGGGAUCCUUGAUAGAAGCUCUUACAAUAGCUCCGGAGAGACCAUAUAGCCCUUUAUCUUUUCACAUACCAAAUCCGAGUUACGCCUCAACUUCUUUUGAUCAAAAUCAAACGCAAAAUUCUGAACUUUUACAACCAAUGCCAAACCAGAACACUAAUAACUCGACCUAUCACUCUGAUCCAAAUCAAUUUGGCCAAGCAAAUAUGCAAGCUAAUAUGUUCCAAACAUCUUCCGAAGCAUCUGCUUUUAAACCAGUAAAUAGACAAACGCUUCCACCGCAACAACCUCAAGAGUUUUGUGGAGUUUCUAAUUAUCCUCAUCAAAAUAAAGACUUCGUUUUGCAACAACAAUCUAAUACCAAUUUUUCGGAAAACUUUUCUACUAGUAUUUCCGGCGCACACCAAGGCUUUUCACCGAUAACAACUGCUGAAUGCUAUAGUGCACAGCCGAAUUCGCAAAAUACAAUGGCUUCUCCUAUAUUACAAAAAUCUGGUUUACAUAGACCGGAUAGUAUUCCUCCUUAUCAACAAAAUUUAGAAAGUUCACAUCCUCAGAUAAUAUCAGACUCAAACAAAGCUCAGCCAACAAAUCCUGGUAGUGGACAACGAGAGAUCCCUCUACUGCAGAAAUCUGAAAUACCUCAGAUUAGAACACCGGUGCCACAACCUCAAACUAAGUUUAAAACCGAAACCUCUAUGUCAUUUCAGCCUGUUCAUGAUGAAGCACAAAAUAUGUCAAGAUAUUCACCAACCAAUAGUCGUCCAAGCACACCUAGUAUGAUUAAUAAGCCUGCGCCAAUAAUACCUCAUUAUCAAAUGAAUUUAGUUACCGUAGAGCAUGUUGCUCCCGAAGGUCGAAUGUAUAAACCUGGUAGUGGAGAAGUUAGCCGUUCUUCAACACCUAAAUUGAAUAGCCGUUCACCAGCUCCUACGCUCCCAGCAACUUCUAAUUCCUUAAAAGCACAAGCUCCUAGAAUAAAAGACUCAACACAAAGAUAUAACGCUAAACAAUGCCAGCCUUCUGUACCACCAAGUUCAUCAUUUAAAAAAGAAUAUGAUACAAGCUUUCAAGAUAAUAAUGUAAAACAAUGGCUCCAAAAUCAACCAGCGCUUGUAAAGGAAGAACAACAAUCUAAUUUAGAAUACCAAACUCAAUCAUAUAACAGAGGUAAUUCAAAUAUUAAAGAAGAUUCUAUGAUAAACCAAAAUUAUGGUCAGAGGCAAAUGGAAUCACAAAAUAAAUUUGAAUACGGUAGUACUACUGUUGAAUCUAUGAAAAAAACUUUUGAACAAUUUGAAAGCGCGCAAUCCGCAAAAACAAUAGAAAUAAGACAAGGCGCAGUACAACCUUCUAAUACAUAUCAACAAACCAAACCUACAAUUCAACCAUCCAAUUAUAACUUAAAACAGGUCUUUCCUCCUCCCAUCAAGGAAACCAUGUCACCCCAGCAAAAUUUAUCUUUUAAUACUACUAACCAAAAUGUUGCCACCAUUAGUAAUCAAACUGAAGUUUAUCAACCGACUCCUUAUAUAUCUGGUGCUAACCAAGGUCCAGUGUGUGAUCCUACCCCGUCGACAGGUUCCAGUGUAGGAGCUGCCGCUCGUGGCAAAGCUUUUGGUGUAUCAUCAGCCCCAAAAAGGGGGCGAGGAGUAUUAAACAAAGCUGCUCUACCUGGGUCUCGUGUUCCUCUUUGUGGCUCGUGCAAUGGAAAUAUUAGAGGUCCAUUCAUCACUGCUCUGGGUCGCAUAUGGUGCCCCGAACACUUCAUCUGCGUUAACGCGACCUGCCGACGCCAGUUGCAAGACAUUGGCUUUGUGGAAGAAAAUGGCCAGCUUUAUUGCGAGUAUUGUUUCGAACAAUACAUCGCUCCGGCUUGCGACAAAUGCCAUGCUAAGAUUAAAGGAGAUUGCUUAAACGCGAUCGGCAAACACUUCCACCCAGAGUGCUUCAGCUGCGUCUAUUGUCAAAAACUCUUUGGAAACAAUCCGUUCUUUUUAGAAGAUGGAUUACCUUACUGUGAAGCAGACUGGAACGAGCUCUUUACGACGAAAUGUUUCGCCUGCGGGUUCCCCGUGGAGGCGGGCGACAGGUGGGUCGAGGCGCUCAACAAUAACUACCACAGUCAGUGCUUCAACUGCACGGUGUGCAAAAAGAAUCUCGAAGGACAGAGCUUCUUCGCCAAGGGAGGACGACCUUUCUGCAAGAUGCACGCCCGCUAGAUAUCCUCAGACACUUAUGUACAAUUCUGACACUGUUUACUCCACGAUCACGUUUCGUCCCGUUUCAAUAUCUCCAUCCAUCAUCACGACCGACUCGUCGUCGCCGCAACGCACGAGGAAGUUAGAAACGCCCCUCCACUUCGAG